AUGGCCGCGUCCAAAGAUAUUCUUUUCUGGACUCCCAGCGGACAAUUAUUUCGAAAUAAACGCACUAUUCCCGUCACAAACAUCGCUGAGCUAGUUGAGUAUGUGUUACUUCCUCAUAACAAUGAGGUUACCAAGCCUCGUGCGCUGAAUACGUUUCUAGAUGGACUUGCAGAGUUAGGAAUCGAUAAAGGUUUAAUCAAGAACAAAAAAUUGUUAAGUGAUUUAAUAUAAAGGAAAAAGGCUACCGAAAUGUAGAAUUUACUUCCGAUAAUGAGAGUAAUAAUGAGGAGAGUUCAUCGGAUAUUGAAAACCAGGAGGAGGAGGAGGAAGUGGCUUCUGAGAAUGGCGUUGAAACUGAAGGCACCCAAGAGAGCGACAACGACACUGAUGAUAGUGAGGAAACAGAAAGUAGUAGCCUUGAAACGUCCACCACCUUUCACUCUAAAAGUCCCUGUGGACAUUGCGAAAACUCUAAUGUCUACUCCACAUUGAUUAUGAAAUGCCCUAAAUGCUUUUGGCACGAUAACUACAAGAUUUGUCCUAUAUGCGAUCACGAGAUC